AUGAAUACGAUCAUGAACCCGAGUGACACUUCAAGAGCUCCUUACGCGAUCCAGGUGAAUGACACGUUAAAUCCUGAAAGAAUUGUACCUUGCACUCCGGGAUGUGACGAUCCCAGCAACUACAAGCAACUCGACGAUGACGCUUUUCACGGCAUUGCAACUGGCCAUUGGAGCACCAAUCUCUUCUCCAGCUUCAACAACCUUGUGCCGAAUGCUCUCAUGGCCUCAUUUUGUCCGUGCGUGUCGCUCGCACAGAUCACGAGUCGUCUGGGGCUUCUGCCGUUCAACUCCGCACUGCUGUUAUUCGGCAUCCUGUGCUUGCUCGAGCUGCUCAUAUUGAUACUCGCUGUCGUGCAGUUCAUUGCAGUGGCGAUGCUCGGACGCAACGGGGGCGGGCACUAUUACCACGAUCACCAAAAGCACCACGAUCACCAACACCACGGGCACCACUCGCACGAGCACCGUUUCGAUGACCACCAUAUGGGUGACGACCACCGCAUGGGUGACGACCACCGCAUGGGUAACGAGCACCGUAUGGGUAACGAGCAUCGACCUGCGAUCAAUAUAGCGUUCCUGGUCGUUGCAGUGCUGACACACGCAUCUUUGACCACUGCUCUGUGGAUGCUACGCAAGCGGAUUCGCAGUCAAUUCCAGAUUCCAGGCUCGAACAUGAACGACUGCAUGUCUGUCGCCUGUUGCCCAUGCUUCUCAACGGCACAAAUGGCUACUCAUAUCAAAAGCUACCAACCCGGAUCGUGCUCUUUCGGGCCCGUGGACACGUUGCCUCGCUACCAGUGA